AUGGGCUGCAGCGGGUCGAAGGCGGAUGACCUGCCGCUGGUCGUCCGCUGCCGCGAACGGAGGGAUCUCAUACGCGCCGCCGCUAACUACCGGUACGCCCUCGCCGCUGCCCACGUCUCCUACUUCCGGUCUCUCAGGGACGUCGGCGACGCCCUCCGGAGGUUCGUGGACGAGGAGCUGGUCGCCGCCGCGUCGUCUUCCCCAUCCUCCUCCUCCUCCUCCUUAUCCUCGCCGUGUCUGACCCUGCCGAGAGAUUCGAAGCUGAAGCACGACAAUGCGGGUGAAUCUUCCCUGCAUUUGCGCGGCGGCGGCGGCGGCGAGGAUGAGGAUGAGGAUGAGUCGCACUUACACCUUCCAGAUUCUUCCUCCGAUGACGCGGAUUUAAACGAUUACACGCAUCACCAUCGUCCCAGCGACCAGAAUCCUUCACAUCGUAAGCACCAACAGCACGAAUCGGAGCAAAAUGCUCAUCCGCUCCACAAGCAUCAAGCUCAACAGCGGAACAAGGGCUCUAAAUCUAAUCCCGACGCUAGUCCUUUUCACAGCAAGGUCGAAAGCUCGUCUCGUAACCCUGGAUCUGGUUUCAAUGGCUACGGAGAUCGUGAAGCGGAGACCUCGGCCCAUUAUCCUGCAGCAAAUAGUUUCCAUGGAUACGGAGCUGGAUUUGGAGAUGGAUAUGGCAACGGCCCAUUUUCAGAACCGUACCCGUUUCAAUUUCAACACCCGUCACCCGCCUCGUACACUCCGCCCUAUGUGGGCCAGUGGGACCCGCCGGCGGCCCAGCCUCCCUGGUACUAUUCGAACAAUACAAACAUGUACUACAUGAGAAAGGGAGGCCCGACAGCCCAGACGGUGGUUCACGACCCUCCUCUCCAGCCAGCCCAGGGAUACUCCGACUCGUACUGGAAUCCGGCGGCCGGUUAUGGGUAUUCCGGCUUUGGCGGCAAUUAUGGGUAUAAUGCUGUGGGCAUGAGAAACGGUGAAGACAGCAGAGACCACCGGCAGAAGGAGGUGCUCCCUCCUCCUUCCCCAAAGGCUUCGGGUUGGGAUUUUUUCAACCCGUUUGAUAGGAUGAUGGAAAACGGUUAUGGGGACUACUUCUCGGGUGAGAGACACGGGUACAAAUCGUGCUCCAGCAGCCCGGACUCAACCGAGGUGAGGGAGAGGGAAGGCAUUCCUGAUCUGGAGGAGGAGACUGAAAGUGAGGUAUAUAAAGAGGUUCUGAAGAAAAGCAAAACGAAAGGUAAGGAAAAGAAUAUUGAGAAUAGUUCAAGAUUUAUGCCACCUCAAAGAAGUGAGGGUAGUUUGAGAAAACAACCAUUGCGUAAGUCUGAGGGCGGAUUAAAUCCCGUGCCGGUGCAUAAGAGCGAGAGUAGUUUACGAUCCGUGCCCUCGUCGAGUAGCAUGGAGAGUGGAACUCAUAAUCAUUCAGUGCCGUUUCAGCAUAAGAAGGAUAAUGUGAAGCCGUCAAUGCCCUCCAAGCAUAGUGACAAGAAUGAGGAAGAGAAACCAUUUGUGCCGCCACAAUACAACAAGAGCAGUGAAAAGACUCCUAUGCCCUUCCGGGACAGUGAGAGGAGUGUGGAACUGUCAAUUUCAGUGCCAGAGGAUGAGGGCAGGUCGAGUAUAGAAAUGGAGGGGUCUAUCAGUAGUUUGUCGGAUGAGGAGAGCAGCAGUGCUGAGAAUGUCGAAUUGGGAAGUGGGGACGAAAGUUAUGUGAAGAGGAAAGCGGUGAGUUUUGAGGUGGAUGGUGACUCGUCAAAGAUGAGUAGCAUGGCAGUGUUUUCGCCUCAAGGGAAGCGGGACUUGCAUGAGGUUGUGGCUGAGAUUAGGGAUGAGUUCGAGAUUGCGGCUGGUUACGGGAAGGAAGUGGCCGUGAUGCUUGAGGUCGGGAAGGUUCUGUAUCAGCCUAGCUUUCUAAAAGUAAUCCGCUCCCGGAUAUUGUAUCCACUGUCUCCAUCUCUGUCAUCACGUGAUCCUCCAUCAUUGCAAUCUGCAAGAUUAGCUUCCAAGACAAUGAAGUUGGCAAAAUCUUACUUUGAUGACGUUGGGAAGGAUGUUGAUGCAAAGGCUUGUAACCUCUCGUCCACUCUCGACAAGCUGUAUGCUUGGGAGAACAAGUUAUACAAGGAAGUAAAGGAUGAAGAAAAAAUCCGAGUCAUGUACGAGAAGCAAUGUAAGAGGCUAAGAACGUUAGACGAGGAGGGAGCUGAGUCUAUCAAGAUUGAUGCCGCUCGAGCUUCUAUAAGGAAGUUACUAACGAAACUCGAUGUUAGCGUUAAAGCAAUCGAUGCUAUUUCAAUAAGGAUCCACAAAUUAAGGGAUGAAGAAUUGCAACCUCAGGUUGCUGAAUUGAUUCACGGGUUCACAAGGAUGUGGAAGAUGAUGCUCAGGUGCCACCAGAAGCAAUUCCAGGCCGUGAUGGAGAGCAAGAUGCGGAGGCUUCGGGCCAACAAUGGGCCCGACUCAGGCUCGCGGGCCUCAGCUGGACUCGAGCGUGAGCUUCGGGCCUGGUGCAUCCGCUUCAACGACUGGAUCAACUCCCAAAAGUCGUACGUCGAGUCCCUCAACGGGUGGCUCGUCCGCUGCCUCCAGUACGAGCCCGAACAGACCCCAGAUGGGCCCGUCACCUACUCCCCGGCCCAUCUUGGAGCCCCGCCAGUCUUCAUCAUUUGCCAUGACUGGAAUCGGGCCAUGCAGGCCGUCUCGGAGGCGCGGGUGGCCGAUGCCAUGAACACUUUCUCGACCAGCCUCAGGCAAUUGUGGGAGAAGCAAGACGAGGAGGAUCGCCAGAGGAUAAAAGCAGAAUAUCUUUCGAGAGAUUACGAAAAACGGCUGGACGAGAAGAAGAACAAGGGAUUGCCCGUUGUAGUGCAUGCGGACCGUAGUAGUAGCGGUGCGGGUGUCGCGCGGUUGGACGAUCUCAAGGUGGAUCUUGAUUUGAUGAGAGAGAAAGUGGCGGAGGAGAGGGUGAAACACAAGGACGCCAUGAAGCUGGUGCGUGAUGCGACUUCUAGUAGCUUGCAGGGUGGUCUGGUGCCGAUUUUCAAGGCCUUGGAGAGUUUUACUAAGGAUGCUCUUAAAGCGCACGAGCAUGUCAGGCUGGAGCAUCAAGGGCCAGGCUCAUAA